AUGCAGAUUGCGGAUGUGGACGCAGGCUCCGUUACCCAAUACCUGUAUUUUUUUGCAUGGGGUUACCCCGCAAACCAAUCGAUUACAGUUAUCGAAAGCUCGCACGGUGGCAACGUGCGCCCUGCUGGGGGUCGUCAUGGAACACCAUUCAAUCUGCCUGCCCUCGAUUUUUCGAUUUUUCACUGCGCAGUGCGCUCCGUCACAAAUUCCCAGUCGCAUUGGAUCUUCCUCUUGGCUGCAGCAGUCCUGCUAUUCACCCUCCGCCAGUACCGAGGACCGCCUGGGUCCAAGGUGUCUCGGAACGACAUAUACUACCUCACAAUCGACAAUAUCGCACAACUACCCCCCCAAUUGCCUAGACAGCUGCACCUUCGAGAAUCCUACGCUGAGAGGGCUGAUAUGGCCGCUCUCGAGUUCGAUGAUAGACAAACCCAGAUAGAUGCUGAGAACGAACCUUACCAUCCAUACACGUACCAGACCGAAGAGAACGGAUCAUGGGCCGGAGCACUUCCCGUGAAGCAAGGAUUGUAUGAUCCAGGCUUGGAAAAGGAUGCUUGUGGUGUCGGGUUUGCUUGCCAUAUAAAGGGCAAGGCAAGCCACAAAAUUGUCAGCGAUGCGCGCAAUUUGCUUUGUAACAUGACCCAUCGGGGUGCUGUGGGUUCCGAUGCACGAGACGGAGAUGGUGCGGGUGUGAUGACCUCGAUCCCCCACAAGUUCUUCGUCAAGAACUUCGAACGCGAGACGGAUAUCAAGCUCCCCCCUUUGGGUCAAUAUGCAGUGGGCAAUCUUUUCUUCAAGCCGGAUGAGGAGACCUUGCAGGAAUCAAAGAAACAGUUGGAACAGAUCUCCGAGUCACUGGGGUUGAGGGUGUUGGGGUGGCGAGAGCCUCCGACAGAUUCCACUCUUCUUGGUCCCGCUGCUGCUUCUCGUGAGCCUAUUAUUCUGCAGCCAUUCGUGGUAUUAGCAUCUGCGUAUGGCUCUGGUAAUGCGCCAGAGAUUACUGAUCCUGAGCUAUUUGAUGAGAAAUACUUCGAGAGGCAACUCUACGUGCUCCGAAAGCGUGCGACCCAUACCAUUGGCCUGCAAAACUGGUUCUACCUGUGCUCCCUUUCCAACAAGAACAUUGUUUACAAGGGCCAGCUCGCUCCAGUCCAGGUCUAUCAGUAUUACUAUGAUCUAGUGAACGCUGAUUACGAAGCCCAUUUCGCUCUUGUACACUCGCGUUUCUCCACCAACACCUUCCCGUCCUGGGACCGUGCUCAGCCAUUGCGCUGGGCUGCUCACAAUGGUGAAAUCAACACUCUGCGAGGCAACAAGAACUGGAUGCGCGCUCGUGAGGGCGUCAUGCAAUCCGACGUCUUUGGCGAGGAGCUGGAAAUGCUCUACCCCAUUGUCGAGGAUGGUGGCUCCGACUCGGCGGCUUUUGAUAACGUGCUCGAAUUGCUGACCAUCAAUGGCGUCCUGUCUCUACCGGAAGCGGUGAUGCUCAUGGUGCCGGAGGCAUGGCAGGAUAACGCCGCCAUGGAUCCAGCGAAGGCUGCCUUCUACGAGUGGGCGGCUUGCCAGAUGGAGCCUUGGGACGGACCGGCCCUCUUUACCUUCGCUGAUGGAAGAUACUGCGGUGCCAACCUCGACAGAAACGGUCUCCGUCCUUGCAGAUACUAUAUUAUGGACGAUGAUAGGAUCAUCUGCGCGUCGGAGGUCGGUACUAUCCAGGUCGACCCCGAGCGCGUGGUCCAGAAGGGUCGCUUGCAGCCCGGAAAGAUGCUGCUUGUCGACACCCUUGCAGGUCGCAUCAUUGACGAUGCCGAGCUCAAGAACACUGUUGCCGGUCGUCACGACUUCCGAGCAUGGCUUGACAAGGAGCUGAUCAGCCUACCCAAGAUUCACGAGGACCUCAUGAACCAAACCUCUCUCGACCUGUCUCCCAAGCCCGACGCGGCCCCGAUCCAGGAGGAUCCGAUGCUGAGAGCUUUUGGGUACUCCUUCGAGCAGGUCAGCUUGCUCCUUGCUCCCAUGGCCUCCGACGAGAAGGAGGCUCUCGGGUCCAUGGGCAACGAUGCCCCGCUCGCAUGCCUUGCCCAAGCCCCCCGCUUGCUCUACGAGUACUUCCGACAGCUCUUUGCACAGGUCACUAACCCUCCCAUCGAUCCUAUUCGAGAGGCCAUUGUCAUGUCCUUGGAGUGCUACGUUGGUCCGCAGGGCAACCUGCUCGAGAUGGACCCAUCCCAGUGCGGCCGCUUGCUCUUGCCCACCCCUGUUCUGUCCAUCAACGAACUCAACGCUCUGAAGAACAUCAGCAAGCUGCACCCUGCUUGGACCGUCAAAGUCAUCGACCUCACCUUCCCCAAAUCCGAAGGUGUCCAAGGCUACAUUAAGCACCUCGACUACAUCUGUGACCAGGCGACGGCUGCAAUUGAGAACAAGGACCGCAUCAUCAUCCUGUCAGACCGCGCAACCUCUGCCGACCGUGUUCCAGUUUCUGCCCUCCUGGCUUCGGGUAUGGUUCAUCACCACCUGGUCAACAACAAGUGGCGAUCCCUGGCCGCUUUGGUUGUUGAGACUGCCGAAGCCCGUGAAGUUCACCACAUGUGUGUCCUUGUCGGAUAUGGUGUUGAUGCCAUCAACCCAUACCUUGCCAUGGAGUGUAUCCUGAAGCUCAACCGCGAGGGUUUGAUCCGGAAGAAGCUCACUGAUGACGAGCUCAUCCGAAACUACAAGUACUCUGCUGAUGGUGGUAUCUUGAAGGUUAUGAGCAAGAUGGGUAUCUCGACCCUGGCCAGUUACAAGGGUGCUCAGAUUUUCGAAGCACUCGGAAUCGAUGACACCGUCGUGGACCGAUGCUUCAAGGGCACAGCCACCAGAAUCAAGGGUGUCACCUUUGAGCUCAUUGCAGAGGAUGCCUUCAGAUUCCACGAGAAGGGCUUCCCCUCGCGAUACACAGUCAGCAUUCCCGGCCUGGUUGAAUCCGGCGAAUACCAUUGGAGAGAUGGCGGAGAGCCUCACAUCAACGACCCAACCUCCAUUGCCAACAUCCAAGACGCUGUCCGCACGAAGAACGACAAGUCCUACGAGGCUUACUCACUCUCGGAAUACGAGCAGAUCAAGUCCUGCACACUUCGAGGCAUGCUGGACUUCAAGUUUGAUGAGUGUACCCCCGUGCCGAUCGAUCAAGUGGAACCCUGGACCGAAAUUGUUCGGCGGUUCUGUACUGGGGCCAUGUCGUACGGCUCUAUCUCCAUGGAAUCUCACUCUACCCUUGCUGUUGCCAUGAACCGCCUCGGAGGAAAGUCUAACACUGGUGAAGGUGGUGAGGACCCAGAGAGAUCUGAGAGAAUGGCAAACGGCGAUACUAUGAGAUCUGCCAUCAAGCAAGUUGCAUCAGGUCGUUUCGGUGUCACUUCCAACUACCUCGCCGAUUCCGAUGAGCUUCAGAUCAAGAUGGCCCAGGGUGCCAAGCCCGGAGAAGGUGGUGAGCUUCCAGGACAUAAGGUCUCCAAGUCUAUCGCUCGGACUCGUCACUCUACUCCUGGUGUCGGUCUGAUCUCGCCACCACCCCACCACGAUAUCUACUCUAUCGAGGAUCUGAAACAGUUGAUCUAUGAUCUCAAGUGCUCCAACCCCCGCGCUCGCGUCUCCGUGAAGCUCGUCUCCGAGACCGGUGUCGGAAUCGUGGCCUCUGGUGUAGCCAAGGCGAAAGCUGACCAUAUCUUGAUCUCUGGACACGAUGGUGGAACUGGCGCUUCUCGAUGGACAGGUAUCAAAUACGCCGGUCUGCCUUGGGAGCUCGGUCUUGCCGAGACCCACCAGACCUUGGUCCUUAACGACCUCCGAGGUCGUGUUGUUGUUCAAACUGAUGGACAGCUGCGCACUGGACGCGAUGUUGCCAUCGCCUGUCUGCUUGGUGCUGAGGAAUGGGGCUUUGCUACCACGCCUCUCAUCGCCAUGGGCUGUAUCAUGAUGCGGAAGUGUCACCUUAACACGUGUCCUGUUGGUAUUGCUACUCAAGAUCCAGAACUUCGCAAGAAGUUCAAGGGUACUCCUGAGCACGUGAUCAACUUCUUCUACUACAUCGCCAACGAACUCCGAGCCAUUAUGGCAAAGCUUGGCUUCAGAACCAUCAACGAAAUGGUUGGUCAUGCUGAGGUCUUGAGAGUCAGAGAGGAUCUUCGAACAAACAAGACUGCCAAUAUCGAUUUGUCUUUGAUCCUGACACCCGCCCACAAGCUGAGACCAGGAGUGGCUACUUUCAACGUACGAAAGCAGGACCACCGUCUCUAUGUCAGACUUGACAACAAGCUGAUCUCCGAGGCCGAAUUGACCCUCGACAAAGGUCUCCCAUCGAGAAUCGAGUGUGACGUUGUCAACACUGACCGUGCUAUGGGUACCUCCCUUUCAUACCAGGUCUCGAAGAGAUAUGGCGAGGAUGGUCUGCCAAUGGACACCGUUCAUGUCAAUAUCAAGGGUUCGGCAGGCCAGUCGUUCGGUGCCUUCCUGGCUCCUGGUAUCACUUUGGAGCUAGAGGGUGACGCAAAUGACUACGUCGGAAAGGGUCUUUCUGGUGGUCGUUUGAUCAUCUACCCACCCCGUGCGGCUGUUUUCAAGGCUGAGGACAACGUUAUCGUCGGCAAUGUCUGCUUGUAUGGUGCCACCAGUGGAACGGUCUUCUUCCGUGGUGUGGCCGCAGAGCGAUUCGCGGUCCGCAACUCCGGUGCUACCGCUGUUGUUGAAGGUGUUGGAGAUCACGGAUGUGAGUACAUGACUGGUGGUCGUGUGCUCAUCCUUGGAGACACUGGCCGCAACUUCGCCGCGGGUAUGUCUGGUGGUAUUGCGUACAUCCUCGAUAUCCACGGAACCUUCAUGUCCAAAUUGAACACCGAGAUGGUUGAAGCAUCCGGCAUUGAUGACCCAACUGAAAUUGCCUUCGUGCGAGGUCUGAUUGAAGAUCAUCACCACUACACUGGCUCUGAACUUGCCGCCCGCAUUCUCCUCGACUUCAACCGAGCCCUGCCUCGUUUCGUGAAGGUCUUGCCCAUUGAUUACAAGCGCGUUCUGGAGGAAGAGGCCGCCAAGGCAGCAGAGGCGAAGCGUGCUGAGUAUCAGCUCCCACUUCUCCCCGGCACCCCGGUGCGUGAACUUCAAGAGAAGAAGGACAAGCAUGCCCAUGCGAAGAAGUCGGACCUUCAGGAUAUCGAAGAGACCAUUGGCGAUGCUGCCGUUGAGAAGAAGAGAUCGCUGGUCUUGGACAAGACCAGGGGUUUCAUGAAGUACCAGCGCCGUUCUGAGAAGUACCGCCCUGCAAAGACUAGAAUUCGUGACUGGGCCGAGCUUUCAAAGCGUCUUGAUGAGGACGAGCUCAAGUACCAGUCUGCACGCUGCAUGGACUGCGGUGUUCCCUUCUGCCAAUCUGACUCUGGCUGCCCAAUCUCGAACAUCAUUCCAAAGUGGAAUGAGCUUGUUUUCCAGAACCAGUGGAGAGACGCCCUGAACCGUCUGCUCAUGACCAACAACUUCCCAGAGUUCACUGGACGAGUGUGCCCUGCGCCCUGCGAGGGUGCAUGCGUCCUCGGUAUUAACGAGGACCCUGUUGGCAUCAAGUCGAUCGAGUGCGCUAUCAUCGACCGUGGAUUUGACAUGGGUUGGAUGGUUCCACAACCACCCAAGAUCCGCACUGGCAAGAAGGUGGCCAUCAUUGGAUCUGGACCAGCCGGUCUUGCCUGUGCCGACCAGCUCAACAAAGCCGGACAUCUCGUGACUGUUUACGAACGUGCUGAUCGUCCCGGUGGACUUCUCAUGUAUGGUAUUCCUAACAUGAAGCUUGACAAGAAGAUCGUCAAGCGACGAACUGACUUCAUGGCUGCUGAGGGUAUCAUAUUCAAGACUGGCGUAGCAGUGGGACAGGACGUCCAGCUCAUGGACCUCAAGGCCGAGAAUGAUGCUGUUGUCAUUGCUACUGGUGCUACUGUGGCGCGAGACCUCCCUAUCAAGAACCGCAACCUCGAGGGUAUCCACUUCGCCAUGGAAUUCUUGCACCGGAACACCAAGUCGCUCCUUGACUCUGAACUUGCAGAUGGCGCGUACAUCUCAGCAAAGGGCAAGGACGUUGUGGUUAUUGGAGGAGGUGACACUGGUAACGACUGUAUUGGUACUUCGGUUCGUCACGGUGCCAAGUCUGUGACAAACUUUGAGCUGCUACCACAGCCACCAAAUGAGCGAGCCCGUGACAACCCAUGGCCACAAUGGCCAAGGAUCUACCGUGUGGACUACGGUCACACCGAAGUCAAGCAGCACAUGGGCAAUGAUCCCCGUGAGUACUGCGUCAUGUCCGAGGAGUUUGUGGAUGAUGGAAGUGGAAAGGUCAAGGGAAUCAACACCAUCCGCGUUGAAUGGACCAAGUCCGCCACCGGUGGUUGGGACAUGAAGAAGAUUGAGGGCUCGCAGCAAUUCUUCCCCGCUGAUCUAGUCCUCUUGUCCAUGGGAUUCUUGGGUCCUGAGGACCGUGUGUUGGGCGAUGACAUUGAGAAGGAUGCUCGCAAGAACAUCAAGACGCCCCCUGGAAAAUACCACACUAACGUCGAGGGCAUCUUCGCGGCUGGUGAUUGCCGCCGUGGCCAAUCCCUCAUCGUCUGGGGUAUCAACGAGGGCAGACAGUCUGCUAGAGAGGUGGAUCUCUACCUUGAGAAAUCCACCAGCUUGCCAGUCACUGGAGGCAUUGUCAAGCGCACCGCUCAAGAGAUCUUGGGGAGAGGACCUGCCCGUGAGGUCCAAGGCCGCGCCGAGCGUGCUCCCCUCCAGGUAGUUGCGGCGGCGAACUGA